AAACCCAAAUCGAGGAGAGAAAGAGAGAGAGGGAGAGAGAGAGAGAGAGGGAGAGAGGGAGAAGUUCACCAGCUCUCCAUCCCCUCGCUCUCUGCUCUGAAUGCUGCUUCCAAUCCAAAGGGUGGGUGUGUGCUGGUGGUGGAGGUAGCAGAAAAUGCCUACAAAUCUGCGAUUGAUUUUCAUAAUGUUUCUGCGGUGUUUGAAAACCAAUCGUUUGAACCUCUGAGAUCUUACCUAAGUGAACCACUCCUACGCCAACGCGCGCCCUAAGUGCUUUUCCCCUCCAAACUGAUAUAUGACAAUAUCUACUUUGAGGGGGGGGCAUCACGUGUCCUGGAGCGAGCGACUAAGACGGAUCGCGCGUCAUCUCGCCGACCCCAAAUUUGCUUCUUCCCCCCCCUCUGCACCUCGGAUCCCCAAACCCGGCUGUGUCUGUCCGCCAGGAGCCCGGUUGGUUAAAAAAGCCGGCGAGGAAGGGAAGAUGUUUAACUCGGUCAACCUGGGCAACUUCUGCUCGCAGUCGCGCAAAGAGCGGAGCGGGGACUUCGGAGACCGAGCCGCCGCCGCCGCCGCUGCCGGGUGCGCCUCCAACCUCUACCUCCCCAGCUGCACCUAUUACGUGCCCGAGUUCUCCGCCGCCGUGUCCUCCUUCCUGCCCCAGGCCCCCUCGCGACAGAUCUCCUACCCGUACUCGGCCAACCUCUCGCAAGUGCCCCCCGUGCGGGAGGUCUCCUACGGGCUGGACCCCGCCAAUAAAUGGCACCCGAGGAGCAAUUACGCCUCCUGCUACUCCGCCGCCGAGGAGCUGAUGCACCGCGAGUGCCUCCCGCCCGCCACCAUGACCGAGAUGCUCAUGAAGAACGAGGGCGGGAGCGUCUACAGCCACCACCACCACCACCCGGGCUCUAACCACCACCCGGCUACCACGGGCUUCUACGGCAUGAACAAGAACAGCGUCCUCCCGCAGGGCUUCGACCGCUUCUUCGACAACGCCUACUGCUCCUCCGCCUCGGGAGACAACAACAACAGCAGCAGCACCAACCCCGGCGCCGAGAGCUGCCUGCAGAAGGGCGAGGGCAAGCUGGACCCCGGCGAGAGCCAGCCCCGCGCCGAGCCCGGUGGAGGCGGCGGCGUCGACCCGGAAGACGAGGAGGAGAACACCAACCCGGGCUCCUCCGCCUCGUCCGCCUCUGUCAACAAGGAAGGCAGCAAAGCCAGCAACGCCAGUGCCCCCCGCACGAGGAAGAAGCGCUGCCCUUACUCCAAAUUCCAAAUCCGAGAGCUGGAGCGAGAGUUUUUCUUCAACGUCUACAUCAACAAAGAGAAAAGGCUGCAGCUCUCGCGGAUGUUGAACCUGACCGACCGACAGGUCAAAAUUUGGUUUCAGAACAGAAGGAUGAAAGAAAAAAAACUCAGCAGAGACCGCCUGCAGUAUUUCUCUGGAAACCCCUUAUUGUGAACCUCUCUUCUUCUUUUUGUUGUUGAUGUGGUUGUUUCAAAGAGAAAACAAAAAACAACAUUUAAAAUCAAUUCCUCUGCUCGUUGAAGAACCCUGUGUAUGAAGAAGGGGACGGUGGGGCGAACUGACUGUGUGUGUGGAGCUUACAAGCAGCCCUCAGAGUUUGAAAAACCUUCCUCUUUCCUUCCUUCCGUUUGUCUGUUUUGGGACCUGUUCGGGGCAUUCAGAAAGAGAGAGGUGUCACUUAUAUUCCUUCCAAACACACUCACGUUGGGGACAAAAAGGACUUGAAUACUGUGCGAACUAUAUUUGUUUGUCUGUUUUUAAUUUAACGUUGGGUGGAGAAGAACGGGGAUGGUUUGGAUUCGGAUUUCUUUGCUCCAUUUUUGUCAUUCUCCUCCUCCUCUUCGGCCUUUUCAUUCCAUGUUCCUUGGAAGACAUGGCAGCACGGUGUCCAGAGCCGUCUGGCUCUCCUUGUGCUUUAUUUUGAUGUGCAAAUCGAUGACAUUUCUCAAGCAAAAGCGCCCCUCCAAGGCUUAGGCCUUCAGAAAAGGGAGAAGAAAGGGGAGGGAAGGGGCUGUGAGCGUGUCAGCAGAUGCGCGCGAUUGUGCGCGUGCGUGUGUGCGUAUGUAUGUGUCUGUGUGCGUGUAUAUAGCCACACGUGUUCAUCCGUGCACACACCCACCCACCAUCCCUUAGGGUUCCCCUGCUGUACAUUGCCAAGGACUGUUGUGCGUUGAAAGCCAUUGGAAAUCAUCAUCACCUCUAUCCAAAACAGUGGUGUCCCUGCAAUGGCCUGGUUUGGGUUGAUUCCCUCGUGGAUCUUUCCCCUCCUUGUGGGCCCACGCUCUGCAAUCCCAGCUUGGGUUGACCCCCCACUUUUCAGCCCUUUCCGCCCCUUCCUGCAUCUGGGGUGGGUUAGGGUGGGCGGACUGGGAGGAAGGGGAAGGGCUCCAAUAAAUUUGCAAUAACUGUCUCUUAAAGAGUGUGUCAAUGCAUUUCCUCUCCUGGACCUGGGCGGCCAACAGCAGGAGAAGAGCAACAACAACAACAUUCACAACAACAACAGCAAGGGCAGCAACAAUGGCGAUUAUAAAUAAAAUAAAAAUUAAAUGAAAACCCUUUGUGUAUGUAAAGAAGUGAAUCCCGGGAAAACUCUGUGAAAUUCUGUGGCAAAUAAAGACAUUUCAAGCUGUUCUA